CGACAGUACGUCAUCGGUGACACAUUGCUAGGGAAGCCUGUCUGUGUUUCAAGUGGAGCUGAGAUGAGAUCGACCCGCACACACACAACUGCCGCGGACGUUUGAUUGCAAAUACACUUCGGGGCUACCGCAAAAGCAAGCCAUGGAGCAAUCGGUCACCACCAUACCACACGACUAUCCGGAACCAGUCGCCACCGACAGCUACAUCAUACCGACGCUCGGACUCUACCACGGCUCGUUCGUCUUCACCUAUCUGUCCACCUUUCUGUCCUACAUUACGCCGUACGAUCUGCCAGUAGUCUACUGCAUUCUAGAGCUGCUGCGCGAUGCAUUCCACACGAAGGUGUCCUUUCUGCAGCUGAUACUGGAGGCCCUCAAGGUUGAGUCGGGCUACAUCUGUCUGAUAGCGAUCUUUUUCCUGAUCUCGCUCAUACCGCUCUGCUACACGAUCGCCUGGGGAUGUGCGAAGGAACCGGACGAUGAUCUGAAUCCCGGCCCAACCGUCGAUGCCAUCAUACAGGCGGAGGAGCUAUCGCUCGAGGAGUCUCUGCACUGUCGCAAAAGUUUCCUCGGUCUAAUGCUCCAGGUCGUCAUACUGCUGCUGAUUGCCGGUGUCAUAGCAAUGUUUGUGACGAACGAACAGAUUGCCUCGGCCGUCGAUCACACGCCCACCGUCGUGCGGUCUUCAUUGCUCGAUGCGGCCACGUAUCUGCGCGAUGCCGAAUCGCAAAUGCGGUUCGUCAUCGCGCAAGGACUUGCCACCGCGACCGAGCGCAUAAGGGACGAUCUCGAAGCCGUCGACAAGCUGCUGGGCGAACCGAUUCAGCACCAUCUCGCACUGUUUACCGGCAUCGACAUCAUCUUCGAGUCGAUCAUUGAGAUUAGCACGAGCAGCAGCAACCUGUCGCGCCGUAUCCAUCUGCUGCAGGAUGCACUGGCCCGGGCGGCCAAGAUCUCGUACGAGGCGGAGUAUCGGCUGGACGAGCUGCAGAUACAGCUGACGGUGCUGCAGCGCCAGUGCACGUUUCGCGAUCGGCCGCUUUGUGAUACGCUGCGCAUCAGGAACUUCGAGGACACGGGGCUGAUCGACCGUAUUCGGAAGCUGCAGGCGGAUCGCACGCUUGCCAAGCUGAUGGCGAUGGGUGAGGCGAGUCGGAACAGUAGCAUGCAUGCGUUGUCGCAGGAGCUUACGCUGGCAAGGGCUACCUUCCGCAACUAUGCUGGAGAGGUGCGCAAUGCUACCGAAGAUCAGGCAGAUCUGGUGGAGGAGCGCCUGGAGGAGCUGAGCAACGAUACGGAAGCGACUGUAAGCGUGCUGUCGCAAACGAUCGGUGAGCUGGUGGGACAGGUGAAUCGGACGGCAAACUUCUCCGACUCGUUCUUCGAUCGGUACCGUGAGAUUGGUGCGAUCUUGUGGUUGGCCGGACUCGCGACCACCAUCAUGACGCUGCUCGUGACGCUCAUUCUGCUGAGCGCGCUUAGCUGUGGCUGCUGUCACGCGGACAAUAAGGCGGGCAUCACGCUCAUCCUCGGCGCUGUUUGCAUCUGUAUUGCAAGCUUAGCGCUGUCUGGAUUCACGAUGAUGGAGAUGUUGCUGGGCGCUCAUGGGCAGCUGUUCAUCUGCCAUCCGCUGUACAACGAGCCGGACUACACUGUGCUGCAGAAGCUGAUCGACAAACCGGGACUGAUUUACCCAACCGAACCACAGUAUGGGAUCAUCGGGGAGCUGCUGCGACAGGCUGCUCCGGCCGAUGCACGAUGGUCACAGCCAGUACAGAUAUCGCUCUCGAAAGCGCUGAACGAGUGUGAACAGGGUCGUGGCUCGUACGGCACCUUUCAGCUCGAUUCACUGCUCAAUCUGUCCGCGAAAAUAGAGCACCGCAAGCGGCCCGAGCUUGAGCGAGCGAUUGAGAGUGUGGGCGCUAGCGAGGAACCAUUUCUUGGGUUUACCGUACGCAUCCAGGGCAUACUGGAGGAUAUGCUGUACGACUCGGACCUCAACAUGACGAGCACGCGCAUCGAGCUGACACAACUCUCGCCCGACAAGGAUGUGCUCACGUUCAUCGAUCAGCUGCAGCGCGUAUCGGCCCAGAUCCAGGAUGUGGCCACCUCGAGCCGCAUGACCACACUUGGGUCGCGGGCCAAGCGCUUGCAGCUCUCGCUGCUGGCACCGCUCGAACAGUUGCGCGGUGACAUCGUGUACCAUCUAACCGCGCUCGAGCUGCAGCUAUCGCCGUGGGCCGCGCAGGUUAAUAAAAGCUUGACGCACCUGCGAAACGCGCAGUCCUUCCUCGACACGGACGCGGCUGAGGUGUGCUACAACCGUAGCGACACCUACCGGGCAAGGUUGCGUGGCCACCUGGACGCUUACCGGAACUACACGACCAUGGUGCUGAACGAUCGAUGCGCAAGCUGUCGACCUCUGUUCGACAUCUUCGAUGCGAUGCGCAUGCUGUUCUGUCACCACAUUAUGGAUCCCAUGAAUGGGCUAUGGUUUUCGGCGUUUCUGUGCCUGUUUCUGUGGGCUGUGGCGACGCCACUGUCGUUAAUGCUUUCCUCCACCUACAGGCGGCUCGAGAUACUGUCGACCAAACUGCAACAUUCCAACAGCCAUCGGUACAAUGCACGAGCUUCCGUACGUGAGGAUCAGCGAGAAUCCAGCCACUGGUCGACGCAACGAUCCACCGUCAGUGUUAUGCCGGACAUAGACAGAUCUAAUUGGUAAUCGAUUCCCGCGAGAUGUGUUUAAAUUAUCGUACGAAUAUUCCAUUCCUGCUACCUGAAAAUCGUCUCAUAACCACAUGAAUCUCCCAGCGAAAUCUCCUCCGAGUGGUGAACUAGAAUCUAAGUUUAAGCCACGUGCACACUGCCAUUUUCCGAACCCUCAAUUUGCGUGCAGUACAUGAAAAUAUUCAGGGUGGCCAUAGGGGCGAACCAUUCCCAACACAAACACACACACACAUACGCAAACACAGACAGGCGCGCGAAAGAUACGCUUGCAUUUCUCUUUCUCUCCUCCCGUUCCUACCCGACCCGAUCGAAAUGCGCAUACGCGGGCUACGCGAAGAUCCGUCUCGGUGCAUGUUAACGCAAUGGCAGAGUCGAGCACGGACGAGGAGCUUUCACACUACACGGCAACCGGCAGCGGUGAGGAGGACGGCACCGAAGAGGGGGCGGUCGUAAUUGAGUACAUCGAGUUGCGGUACGAAA